AUGGCAGGGGCGCUCGUUCUCGGCGUCGACCUCCAAUCGCUCGAUGUCGACUCUCUUUUGGGGCCUUUGGCCGGAAGGGGAUCGCGAAGUUUGGGCUUCCGGCAAAGGCCACCGCGUGUUGGCGUAGAAGGCUUAAGGGCUGAUGAAGUCAUCUCUGCACAGAAGAAAGCAUUGGAGCAGCCCGCGCCGGCGCAGACGUUGAAGGCCAAGGCGGCAAACUGCCUGGCACAUGGGCCGGCAUUGGUGGGCGGCAUAUGCGGAGAGCGCAUGUACUUCAUCGUGACGACGGUGACUUCAGACGGCCAAGUCAUGAAAGAAGGCGGAGCAUCCGUCACUUGCACAGUGACCGGCCGAAGCCUGAUGUCAAAAACUCAACCAGAGCCACGACCUUUUGUGGAAGACCGUCAGGAUGGCACGUACCACGUCCAGUUUGUUUGCGCCACGCCUGGGGUCUACGAGAUCACAGCCUGCGUGGAUGGCGUCGCUUUGCCCAUGUGUCCUGUUGCGGUGACUGUCGCGCCUGGCCCACCCAGCGCGACCACAACGCAGGUUCGUGGCGAUGGGUCGCAGCGCUGCACUCUUGGUGGGUCCGCAGAGUUCACGAUACAGGCGAUGGACGAGUUCGGGAACCUGUGCGGAGAGGGCGGAGCUCGUUUCGGCGUCCGUGCAAGCGCACAUGUGCGCCUGCAUGAAGUCUCCGACAAUGAGGAUGGCACGUACACUGUGAGCUACUCCAUUCCCGACUGGGCCCAAGGCCCUGUGAAGCUGGAGGUGCUGCUGGAUGGUCAUCCCAUAAGAGGCUCCCCGCUGGUGCCACGACUUAUAGGCUUCGUGCCAGAGAAGGCAGAUCCGAAAGCCAAGAGCAAGGCAUUGCAAGGCCGAGUCCAGAAGGGAGCCGGCGGCACUUUCACCGAUCAACUUCCGUCCCUCAGGUGGCUUCGAGAGCAUCCGCCACUUCCUGUUCCCGAAAUCCCAGCACCAGAUGUCACCGCUCUAGCCGCAACUGGAGGCCUGAACGGCUUGAGCAAAGUUGGAGAUCAACGUGGCGAUCCUCCGCCAGAGGCUUCGGUUUCCCGGCUGGCAUGGUCCGCCACAGAUGAAUGGCGCAGACUUGCUGAAGUUCGCAGUGAGUUGGAAAGGUGCCGGGAUCAGCUUGCAGAGCAUCAGGCGGUCCUCUUGCACGUGGGUGACGCAAUCCACACCGAGGUAGAUCGCUUGCAGGAGUGGGAGAGGAAUGUCAAGAUGAGGGAGGACGAGCUAGGCGAUGUUGAGAAGCAACUGGAAGGUGCAGAGUGA